GCAAUCUUCCAGUGACAAUAACAAUGGGUGGCCUAUUUCGGAUGCUUAAGAGGUCUUUUCCCAAACCCUUAAAGAAACGACGAACACUCCCACAAUCAACUACCAAGUCGCCUUGCCGAAAUGACGAGCAAAAGGUUGGCGUUAUUGGUAUCGACCCGGAAAAGCUGGUAAAAAAGCUGGAGCUGAAGUUUCCUUGCGGGUUCGAUGUACAUAUGAUGCAUAACACCUAUAUUAUCCAAAGCUGCGAGAAACUGACGCAGAUGGAUCUCGAUGAGUGUCGGUGAUAACAUAACCAGCACGGAGGUGGUGGUAGAGGGUCGGUUAUGUAUGCGUUCCUAUUGGUAGAAGACAAAGCUGUGAGCGCAGCAUGAUGCAGCCACUCGACAAUGGUUCAGGAUGGAACAAGCGAUUUGAAAUUGCAUAUGCAGCUGACGGAUGGUGUGGUGUGAAGGAAGGUCGGUGGCAGUCAGGGUGGCUAUCAAGGCAAGCGUUCACUAGUAUAGGCAGGUGGUUGGAGCUUGGGCCGUGCAUUGCUGGUUCUCACAAAACCAAACAUCAUCGAGCAACAGCGACUUUCGCAACCGAAACCCACCUCAGGAUAGUUCACAAAAGCUUUUUACUAUAUAUAAUCAAACAACUGUAAAAUGAUCGCUUACACUUGGAAAUACUCUCAGUUGUGUCAUUUGAGUGUUCUUCAUCGAAUAUACCACGGCU